AUGACGGUUUGGAGAUUCAUAAAACCCCCGCUUAAAUACUACCUAGAUACUCGUGAUGCCCUGGAACAAGGGGGUGUCGGGAAGGGCUUUAUCGAUCGAUGUCCUUCCUACGAAGAGGAUCUGGCCCCGAUUCUCAACCUGAUUACACAGCUGCCUAAUCUCAGUGAGGUCAAUAUUAUUGAUGAGGAGGGUGGGACGGUUGAGCUUGCUGAGACAAUCUCACGGCAUCAUCCAACAUGCCGAGUCUCCCUCUUCAUCUCAUCACUUUCCACGAGCAAGGCUUGGGAUGGCUCACCGUUACUGCAUGCCGUGUGUCAUUAUCCCUUGGAGAACACUGAAAAUGGUGAGACACAGUCUACGGAUAGGUUACUGCAGAGCAUUGUGCACCGAGCACCACAUGUACGGAAGGUCUCGGUUCAGUCCUGUUCUUGUGGUCCCCUGCCUAUGGAGGAAAGUCAGGAUGCACCUCAAGUAGUCGCCCAAAUAAAAUCCUUAUGCUGGCCGCUAGAUAGGGAGGUGACCGUGGAGGGCUUCCAGUGCUUGAAAGAACUGACGGAUCUAGAAUGUCUGAGAUCGUGGACAGCUGGCUGCAUCAAGGAUACGAUGCUGCUACAGACUCUGGCGAGUAUGCAACCCUUCAACAAGCUUACUCACCUGACCCUUGCCUUAAUUGAGCCGUAUGAGAACGAGUACGCAUUUUGGUACAGUGCAGAGGCGAUGUUGGAAUCCUUGCCCCCACUGAAAUCUCUUUGCCUGCUAGGCGGGUAUACGCCCGCAUUACUCACCCGUGGUAAAGUGCUUCGCAAGCAUGGACCGACACUCCUCGAAUUGGAAUUACAUCGGGCAUCGCCUUCGAGGCGAGAGAUAGACCUGCAUGAGCUUGCUCUAGGCAAAGGAAUUGGUCCAAUUUUCUCAGACGAUGAUAUUUUGGAGCUCAGCCGCCAGCUUCCAUUGCUCAAGAAGCUGCAAAUCUGCGUUCAGCGCCGCCGUGGCUUUGAGGGGGCCGCGUACACAGCCCUGGGGCAAUUCACAUGUCUGGAGGAGCUAGAACUAGUUCUCAACUGCCUUCCGGAGAUGAAUAUUUUCGACCACCCGGUCCCGUCGCGUGAGUUGACAGAUUUCGAAAUGGCUCGAAUCUGGCAUAGUUCUGUGCUAGGUUAUGGGUGGCCCAGAUGGUACCUGCGUGACUUGUUGAUCAACUGUGCCAUCGAUGAAGCGUUGGCCAAAGCAAUCUUCUCGUAUGUCUGGAAAGGUCGAAACGGGCAUUGGCUACAGCGGCUGACGAUUUACCCUUUAUAUGGCCAGUUGGGAGAGUAUUCCAGAUACUUCUAUCAUGAUUACUGUAGAAAGAUUAAGGGGGAAGGCUUUCUAGACCAAUUGGCUCCGACGUGGGUAGUUGAGCCAGAUCUUCUAACAGGGCUAUGA